AUAGGCCCAUGUGCUACGGGCACAUGGAGUACGACGCCGCUUCUGUUGGGAGUCUCUGGUUUUUGAAUAAACCCUGGCGCUCCUUGCCCUAAACGGGAGGCUGUAUCGGGAGUAUCUUCAAUUUCUCCAGCAAGAAUGAAGCUCGUCAGAUUUUUGAUGAAGCUCAACAACGAGACUGUCUCAAUUGAGCUCAAAAACGGCACCGCUGUUCAUGGAACCAUUACAGGUGUGGAUGUUAGCAUGAACACACACCUGAAGGCUGUCAAAAUUAUGCUUAAGGGAAAGAAUCCAGUGACUUUGGAUCACCUGAGUGUGAGGGGUAACAACAUCCGUUAUUACAUUCUCCCUGACAGCUUAAAUCUUGAGACGCUGCUGGUGGAAGAUACACCUAGGGUGAAGCCAAAGAAGCCAACAGCUGGGAAGCCUUUGGGACGUGGUCGUGGGCGCGGUCGUGGGCGUGGACGUGGUCGAGGCCGUUAAGUGCAUUCCAGCUGCUCUAAUUUUUUGCAGUAUUGCCUAUGUAAACAUAUGUACGGAUUGAGAGAUUUGUUCUUAGUUUGCCAGUGGACAAAAGAUCGAUCUUAUGCAACAAUUAUUCUGGAUCCUUAGAGCACGUUAUUUCGUUGCAUCAUAUGGUCUACUAGUAUUACUUUUGUAUCUCGUUCAAUUUUGCUCUGCCUAGUCAUGUCACUGAACUAUAUUUGUCCCUUUUA